AUGUCGUCCCUGCCGCCGUGCGAUGCGGCUUUUGGUCCUAGGGUCGACCCUUCUUGCCGUGCUUUCGACUUCACACUAUACUUUGAAGAUAUCUUCCUUACCAUCCUUCCAAAUGCUGCAUUCAUAUUUUCACUUCCUGUUGGGCUUUAUCCUUUGUUCAAGGGCACCAACGUGAUCAAGUCGAACCGGCUAGUUAGCCUCAAAGCAGCUGUAUAUGUAUCUCUUGCUAUAUAUCAGACAGUCUUUCUCGUAUUUCGCCAACUGAAACCAAAUAUUGAGACCCGCGCAUCGCUGGCCAGUGAUGCUCUCGGCCUAGCUACGACAAUCGGUGUGGGCAUAUUCUCAUGGCUUCAUCACCAUAGGUCUGUACAGACGUCUACGCUACUUGAAAUUUUUAUGGGAAUAUCUUCCAUACUCGAUAUCGCACGAGUCCGUACUCUAUGGCUCGUCGCCGAUAAUUAUGGCCCGGCUAGCAUCUUAUCUCUCACCUUAGCUAUGAAAAUCAGUGGUAUAUUUCUCGAAUCCUUCAGCAAACGCAAGAACUUGCGGUUGUCCGACAAUGAGCUAUAUAUGAGUUCUGGUCCGGAGCCAUUUAUUGGCUUCUGGAUUCGGGUUGGCUUUGGGUGGCUCUUUUCCACUCUGCGGCAAGGUUACCACCAGAUCCUAGCUGUGGAUGAUCUUCCUGCCCUGGAUUACCGACUACGAAGUGAUGGGGUGUAUAGCAGUCUUCAAACAACCAUGGUAAAAUAUGAUAUGGCAAAGAAAUAUAGUCUCCUCAGGGCCUGUUUCCGAGCUUACAAUCGCACAUUUCUUGGAGCAGUGAUCCCCCGUUUGUGCUUAACAGGAUUCACUUUUGCACAACCCUUCUUGAUUAACGCCCUUAUAAGCUAUGUUGAAAUAGAUACUCCACUUUCAAAUGGAAAAGCCAUGAUUGGUGCCUACGCUUUGGCGUAUCUUGGCAAAGCAGUCUCAAAUUCGGUUUUUUCAUAUCAAACCUUUCGCUUUCUCACCCAAUUAAGAGGUGGAUUGAUUUCACUAAUUUACCAUGAGACCGCUCAUGGCCGAAAUGUGGACCAGGGUGAACUUGACAGUACUUCCUUGAUGGGCACGGACGUGCAGCGAAUUAUUGUCGGCUUUCAGUCAAUACACGAACUCUGGGGGUCUUUGAUCGAUAUAGCAAUUGCAACCUAUCUUCUCCAAAGAGAGGUUUACGUGGCCUGUCUCGUUCCAGGUCUAUUAGUAUUAGCCUUUGUCCUAAUGACUUUCAAAAUCUCAGCGCGAGGCAAGCGAUACCAGAAAUUAUGGGCUGAAAAAGUAGAAGAAAGAUUGGCCGUUACUUCCAGUAUGCUCGGUGAUAUGAGGGCUAUUAAAAUGCUCGGUCUCAGUGACAAGCUAUUUGACAUCGUCGAUAAAUUGCGCCGGACUGAAAUUUACGAGUCUCGCAAAUUUCGGAUUUUGCUUGUCGGUGAGAUUUUCUUUUCAAACUCGCCAACUGUUCUGGCGCCUGUGGUAACAUUUGCUGCGUUCGUUGCCAUCGCCGCAGCUCGGCAUGAGCAUUCAAUCUUGACAGCGCAAGCAUUUACUUCUCUGUCCUUAAUAUCUCUUCAAACUACUCCGGCACUGUCAUUAAUCCAAGCCAUUCCAGCAGUGAUACAGUGCCUUAGUUGUUUCGAUCGCAUUCAGGAGUUUUGCUCCCGGGUUAACAAGAACGCUGUAUCGGAAAACAUGCAGCCACAGAACUCCGAAGAGUGGCAGUCUUCUCACAUAGUCUCUUUCAAUUGCCAAAGUUUUGCAUGGAGCAAAUCAGGGCUUGCAAUAUUAGACAGCAUUGAUGUGCAAAUUUCAGCCGGUCGCAUAACAGCUGUCAUGGGACCUACUGGGAGCGGCAAGUCAACCUUGUUGGAGAGUAUUUUGGGAGAAACAAUACCUCUCUAUGGACCUGAUCGAACAGUUAGGAGUUUCUACACCGCCGCAUAUUGCUCUCAGACUCCUUGGCUGAUAAAUGGGACCAUCCGUGAAAACAUCAUAGGCCAGUCAGCCGUGGAAUCAGUGGAUGAAGCCUGGUAUGAUACUGUUUUGUGGGCCUGCGGUCUUGAAGCAGAUGUGAACCGUCUGAAAAGAGGAGACCAUACAGCCGUGGGAAGCAAGGGCAGUUCUCUAAGUGGUGGACAAAAACAACGCGUUGCCUUAGCUCGUGCUAUUUAUUCCCGGUGCCAAUUCGUUCUUCUGGAUGAUGUUUUUAGCGGUAUUGAUGCGUAUAAUGUAUCCUUGAUUUCAAAUCGUUUAUUUGGAGAGCAUGGCUUGCUCAGAAGACAAAAGUCUACUGUUAUCCUUGUGACACAUGCCCCCUCGGUGGUUGCAUUUGCUCAGGAUGUUAUCGUGUUAGAGAGUGGCCGUAUACGAAAAGCGGGCCCUCUGGAAUCACUGCAAGGAACCGAGGGUUAUCUGUCGACUUCCAAGCAACAAGUCGACAGUUUCAAUGACUCUUCUCUCGAUCCAGAUACAACGACUUCGGUUAAUACUAAUGGAGAUUUACACAAAGUUGCCAGUUCUUCCUUUGAUGAGCAGACUAAUGAUCUAAACCGUCGUAACGGAGACCCGUCUGUAUACAAAUACUUCUCAAAAGCCUCAGGCCAUAUGACCGUUUUUGGCAUUUUUGCAUUUUUGGCGCUUUGUGUUUUUUGCGCUGAAUUUUCCACUGUCUGGGUGGACUGGUGGUCUGCAGCAAACUCAAAUGACCCCAAUAAUAACGCCACUGGCAUGUACCUUGGGGUUUAUGCAACUUUGGGGAUCUCUUCUACCCUUUUUAUGACUGCAGCCUGCUGGCUUUUAUUCGUCAAAGUCAUAUCAAACUCAUCUCUAAACCUUCACACCGAUCUUCUCACAACAACAGUUCGUGCAACGCUACAAUUUUGCCUAGAAACAGACCUAGGGUCAAUAGUGAAUCGGUUCAGCCAGGAUAUGGAAUUAAUUGGAAUGGAUCUUUGUGGAGUCUCAAUUAACUACACAUAUUCUGUUUGUGACCUUGUUGGCAAAGGCGUACUUCUCGCUGUCUUUGGAAAAUACCUUAGUGUCGCCAUACCAUUCGUUGUUGUGAUCGUCUACAUCGUGCAAAAGUUCUACCUUCGUACUUCUCGACAGGUACGACUGUUGGACAUUGAGGCUAAAGCUCCAGUCUAUCAGCUUUUUCUAGAGACAUCAAGCGGAGCCAAUACAUUACGAGCUUACGGCUGGCAAUCCUCAUUUCAAAAGAUACUCGAGUCUCGCCUUGAUCGGUCCCAGCGUCCGGUGUAUUCGCUCUAUUGUAUACAGCGAUUGCUGGCGUUCAUCCUUGACCUUGUCAUUGCUGCCCUUGCCGUGAUACUCGUCUCUAUUGUGGUCAUGUGGAAAAGUUCAUUUACAGCUGGUGCGGUUGGUAUAUCAUUGGUUACAAUUAUGACAUUUAAUCGUACUAUGGUUUCUGUUGUCAAAUAUUGGACAACCCUGGAAACAUCAAUUGGUGCCGUUGCGCGUAUCAAGGAUUUUGCGGAAAACACACCGGUGGAAAAAAAUAGGAGUGAUUGUCAGAUGGUAGUCCCAUCUAACUGGCCAACAGCUGGGACAAUUGUGUAUAAAAAUGUGGUGGCGUCCUACAAGCCAGAAGCAGAGCCAGUGCUUAAAGGUAUUUCGCUAUCCAUUAAGAAAGGAGAAAAAAUAGCUAUUUGUGGCCGCUCAGGGAGUGGCAAGACUUCAAUGAUCCUCAGCCUGCUAGCAAUGAUCCAUUGUCAUCAAGACAGUUCUAUCGAAAUCGAUGGAAUAGAUAUCGCCUCUCUCGCUCCGGCUGAAUUGCGCUCGCGGAUUAAUGUGGUUCCACAAGACCCAUUCCUUAUGCCUGGGUCUAUUCGAUUCAAUAUUGAUCCAUAUGGUAGUGUUUCCGAUGAAGCAAUUAUUCGGGCUCUUCAGAAAUUAAAUCUCUGGAACAUAGUCGAAAGUAGUGGAGGGCUAGAUACACAAAGACCUACGACGUCUUGGUCUGUGGGCGAGAAACAACUGCUCUGUCUCGCAAGAGCAAUGAUUCGGAAAAGCCCUGUCUUAAUUCUAGACGAAGCAACAAGCAGUGUGGAUUCUGUCACUGAAAGCAUCAUGCAAAAUGUAAUCGACACCGACUUUGUUGAGCACACUGUCAUUGCAGUCGUUCAUAGGCUUGGGUAUAUUAGACAUUUCGACAAAGUUGCAUUCUUACAGGCUGGAGAGCUCGUUGAAUUCGAUGGUCCAGAUGCCCUUCUCACCAGGGACUCCGCUUUUGCGGACCUAUAUAAUUCUAUGUCUUAUUAGCAACUUGUAUUACUACUGAUGAACAGUCGCCUUCUUCUCCAACAACAAUUUUAUAUGUAUUUUAUGUUUCCUGGCGUCUUCAGGUGCAGUCUCUGCAAACAAUAACCUCAUGCAAAAUGUUCGGUGUAUUAGGGCGAAAGGGUUUAGGUUGAUUCUGCUUUUCAGGCCCUGGGUUGUUUUUG